AUGGCGUUUGAUACGCUACAGCUUGUUGCGAAGAGGUGCUUCAUUUCUUUCUCUCUUUCUUUUUAUAUAUUUUAUUUUCACUUGUUUCAAUUUUCAAACGAUAAAUUUAUAGCUGUUGGUCCAACUAGUGCGCCAGCUCCAAGCUCAACAGGGGCUUCCCAGACAACACCAACUCCAAGCUCAACGGGAAGUGCCCAGACAACAUCACCUACAGACAGCAGCACUCCAUCAGGGAGCACAAUCCCACCAACAACCCAGCCUACCUCAGGAGGCAGCACAUCCACAGGUGGUAGUACGCCCCCAACAAGCCCUGUACCCUCUACAACACCGAGCAGCACAAGUCCCGCUUCUUCUUCGACAGCUCCCUCUUCCAAGCCUCCUGGAGAAGGGGACAUGACAUUCUGCAAUGAAAAACCAUCUGGAUAUUACUCUGAUCCAAAAGAUUGUAACAGCUUCUACCACUGCGCUAAUGGUAUAACGUACUGGAAACAUUGUCCCGAGGGACUCUAUUUCAGCCCUGUUAAUAAGGUUUGUGACUGGCCCAGAAACGUGGAAUGUACAGCCGAGGGUCAGCAAGAUAAGCAGAUGAGAUACCCGCAGGGUAUUCGUAAGAUCAGUCAGAUUUUAAAGAAGAGCAAGUGUCUGGGAAACAAGUCAGAGGAAGGAAUUAUGAACUAAGAUAAAUUUUACAGCUUUGACUUGAUAUAAUCCUCUGGGUCGUCCACAAAGACAACAAAAACAGCGAUAACGGCAGCAACAACAACAACAACAACAACAAAAACGAUAACAACAACAGCAACAACAAGCGUUCAACUGUCAUGGGGAUAAAACCAUAUUGUAAACUUUAUGAAAAAAAUCUAGAGGGGCAGGCAAAUAUUAGCCACCCUUUUCCCGGCCACUAACCUUGUACGUCCGAAGGUUAAAUCAAACACCUAAUACGAGCAACGGUGUUAAAAUAAACAGCCAACAAAAACAGCGGUUAAUCAGAGUGAUGGUACUUGAUAGAACUGCUUCCCACGAAAUAAAAGAAAAAAAUUAUCUUGAAAAGAUCACGUGAUUUGAAAUGGGGAAACAAACUUAUAUAUUUUAUGACUAAGGAACUCAUUAACUACCAACUCAAACAUUCAUUGGCAAUCAUCUUCUCUUGCCCUAAACUUAAAUGCAGUCUUCUAUUGGACCAGAACGAAUCACGUGACGCGCGUCAAAACUGUA